UCAUAAAAAAAUUGACAUUUCAUGAAAAUCAUAAUGUUAAAUUUAUUUUUAUAUAACAAAAACAAUCAAAAUACUUACAAAUCUUUGGUUUAAUUAACUAAAAAUGCCUCGCAAUGAAAAUGCCGAAAGAGAUAAUCCUUGUUUAAAGGAACAAGAAUUGACAUACAAAUGUCUGCACAAAUACAAUUUCGAUCGAGAGAAAUGUGAAGUAUUCUUUGCAAAUUAUAACAAUUGUAAAGACUUUUGGAAUAAAGUACGAUUAGAUCGUCGAGGUAAAGGAAUCUAUCCAAACAUACCAGCGCCAGAAGAUCGAGCUGAAAUCAAAGCCGAAUACAUGAAAUCAAAACCUAAUCAAUAAAGCUUUUUAAAUUUUAAUAAUUUCUUCAACAACAAUUCUAAAAACAAUACUUAAGAGCUAGUUUGACUAUUUUAA